CAGAUGUUUACACUGGGGAAACGGCUAAGGAGACAUUACAUUGAGGAGACCAGCUUCCUCUCACCUGCAUUUAAACCGUCAGAGGUCUUGACCUAUUACCAUAGUUACAGAUGAAGCCCAAUCUGAAAUCCUUUAUCCCAAUCCGAUGAACUGCCAGCGACUGAAACAGAUGAACCGAGACGGGUUGCACAGUGCUCAUUUGCAGCCAGAUAUCUCUGAGGAUCUGAAUACAAUUAAAGAAAAGAUGGGCAUUGCCAACCAGAAAGCAGUGGACUUCUUUCUCCUUUUUGACAACAUCUUGGCAGAACAGGCCCAUGGUCUACCAAGCUGCCCUGUUCUAAAGCAUUUUCAGCAAACAAUUGAGAAGAGAGCUGUGGACUUGCUCCUUUAUAUAACAAAAUGCAAUUUAAGGGAGAAUCUUCAGAUGUCUGUUGGCCCCCUUCUCCAUGCAGUAGAAGAAAACAUUAAGGAGGCAGUAGAUCCUUCUUCUGCAGUCAAAACCAGGAAACUCAUUCUGUAUGCUGUCCAUGAUGUUACUCUCUUCCCACUGCUGAUAGCUCUGGGAGUCUUUAAUUCCAAAUGGCCACCAUAUGCUGCAGACAUAACAUUGGAGCUCUACCAGCAUUCCAAAGACUGGUUUAUACGGUUGACCUAUAAUGGAGAGGAGGUGGUUCCACAAGGAUGCAGAGCUGGUCUCUGUCCACUGGAGGACUUUCUGCAUGCCCUUUCAGUCUAUAGCAUAAAGCCAGAGGAAUAUAAAAUGCUUUGUUCCCAGACAUAGGCACUUUUAACAGAUAACUGAUUAGCAGCAGCUAAUUAUGUUGUAAUUUCUUCUUUCUGAAUACCAUAAAAUCAAAGCAACAGCCA